AUGCGUUCUUUUCUGUUGACAGCUGCCAUUGCAGCAACCACCACAACAGCAAUUUUGGUCCCCGAUCCAGACAAUGACUACUCCUGUACAUCUACCCACAACCCGGUAGUGACACUGCACGGGCUCGGCGCGACAUAUUACGAAGAUAUCAAUUUUCUGGGCGACUGGCUUAAGACAGAAGGCUUUUGCGUUUUCCGCGCAACUUAUGGCUCAUAUCCCGACUUCCCACUCGUUGGGGGGUUUCUCCCUAUAAACGAGAGCGCCGUCGAGGUCGCCGAUUUCAUUACUGACGUUAGCACGAAGACUGGGGCCGAUAAAGUCGAUAUUGUCGGACAUUCUGAGGGUGCGUUUCUGUCGCUAUACGUACCGAAAUUUCAGGCUGGAAUCUCAGAUAUCGUCCAAAGGAUCGUCAGCAUUGCGCCACCGACGCACGGAACCAAUUUCGCGAACUUGGUCACGCUAGGCAAAGACUUGGGUGUUUUGGGUCUGGUGGAACAAGUCUUGGAUAUUUUUGGAUGCCAUGCUUGUGAUGACUUGGUUGAUGAUGGAUGGGCGAUCAAGGAACUCGACGAUGGAAAACCAAUCAUCCAGCCGGGUAACUCGGCAACAAUUAUCAUUUCGAAAUGGGACGAGCUUGUGACACCGACGACGACGUCGCUGGUUAACGAGACCAGCGCCAAGAAUGAGUAUAUCCAGGAUUAUUGCUCAUAUGAUCCUGUCGGACACAUUGGCGAGGCUUAUGAUUUGAAUGUGUGGAACUUGGUGAAGAAUGCACUGGAGGAUGUGACUGCUCAUAACUUCCAGUGUGUUGUUGGCAGCCCUGGGAAGAAAGUCUAA